AUGUCAGCAAAUGAAGGGAAAUCGUUUCUUAUGGAUCGUUACUUAGAUGAACUUAAACGGCUAGAAGAGAAGAAGAGUAAAGAUUCUGUGAAUGAGGUUCAGGUUCUGAAGGAGCAGUUGAGGGUCCUGAGUGCAGAGAUGAUCAGUUUAAGACAGGCCCUUGGAUUUCAUCAAAGACCUGGAUCACACCCAAGACAUGCCAUCAACAACCAAGAUUCUGGUUACAGUGACAACCUUGCAGAAAGCCUCUCCGCUUCCUCGUCCAUCUCGUCUGCCUCUUCAACGACGUCAUCGACCACGCCCAACAGCUCCUCGUACUCUGUGUCGUGCCCCUGCUUCCCAAACCAGCGCAGACCUCCUCCCAUGACCUCUGACCUCUUUGGGCGUCUGAAUGACCUGGUCAAGAUGCCCAAGCCCGUAACUGAAGAGAGCGUCUGUAAGGCCCUACAACAGAGGUGGAUGUGUGGAGAAUGUCAGACCAAGAUAGGACCAGUGAUCGUAGCACUUAACCCUAGACGAGGUCUGUCUGAAGACCAGGUCCUGGGACACACCCAGCCCCAUCAGCAUCCACAUCUUCAGAGGCUAGCUCAACGGGUCCACACACAGCUUGUAGAACAACGCAGACCUCAGACUGUCAUUCUAAGUGGUGAGAGUGGGAGCGGGAAGACCUAUACAUCCCAGCUGUUUCUACGGCAACUGCACAGCCUCUGCAAGAAGAGACAAACGACAGGAGGGGGAGGAGGAGGAGGCGAGCCAUCAGAUCAGACGGAAAACAAACAAUUUCAGAAUUUGACGCAUGCUUUCCACGUCCUCAGAGCCGUUGGAUGCGCUAAGACAAGACACGACUCAUGUGCUAGCAGACUGGGUCAUCAUGUCGAAGUUCACUUUGCUGGAAAUACCAUAACAAGAACCAAGUUUGAAUGUCACUGGUUUGAUCAAAGUAGAGUAGUAGAUACCCCGGCCGGUGAAUCGAACUUUCAUAUCUUCUAUCAGAUGCUAGCAGGGCUCUCCCACGAAGAAAGAGCUAAACUUCAUCUCCAUGGCUACGGAGUCCAUAAUCUUGCCUACUUGAAACAAAGGAAAAGCUCAGAGGAUGUUGGAAUAGAGAAAGAGAGAUUCCACUCUUUGAAGAUUGCCCUUUCAACUCUCGGGAUUGAAUUCCUUGACGUGAUGAGAAUACUCUCAGCCAUCUUGCUCCUUGGUAACGUCAAUUUUGUAGAAGAUGGAGGUUAUGAGCUUGAUAUUAAAGGUAGCAGUGAAAUUAAAGCAGUGGCCUCUCUACUUGGAGUCCCCGGAGUGUCGUUGUACCGGGCGCUGACGACAAAAACCCAUACCAUCAAAGGACAAGCUGUCAAAACAUUGUGCAAUGCUGAACAGGCCAACGAAACAAGAGACACACUUGCAAAGGCUCUAUACUGUCGGAUGGUCUUAUCGAUCACGAAGAGAAUCAACAGUGUCUUCAAACCCAACUCAAAAUGUCCUCCCUAUGUAGCGCCCUCUGUCAGUAGUGAGGAUACGCAGAGUAGUGGAGACUCUUGCAGUAGACUGAGUGAUUCUACGAUGGAAUUGAAUGGCAAUUCAUCAUCAAUAGAUGGCAGCACACAUCUUCAGGGUACAGUACACAUCAUUGAUAUGCCAGGUUUCUCCAAUACACAGUGCAAUAGAAUAGAGGACCUGUGCUGCAACUAUUCAUCCGAGGUGCUACACCAGGUCUACUUCCAACAAACCUUCAAGAUACCCCAGGAUGCAUGUAGAGAAGAUGGUGUCGCCAUGAAUCCAGUACCAUUCCAAGACAACAUUUCUUGUGUAGAUUUCUUUGCUUCAAAGCAUGGUCUAUUUCCAACUAUUGAUACAAUGUGCAACCAACCUGAGCAUCCGACACCGGAUGAACUUAUCAGCCGAACUAACAAGAAACAUCACAGAAAUGGUGUAUUUUCGGUAGAACGUGAGAACAAGCACCUGUUCACGAUCAGACACACCUCCGGUGAAGUGAGGUACAAUGCCGCGGACGUGUUGAAGAGAAGCAGGGACGUGAUCAGUGAUGAUGUGCUCACCAUCUUCAGGAGGAAAGGAUGUAACUUUGGUUUCGCUUCCUAUCUCUUUGCUCCGGAGCUCAAACUAUUACAAGGUAAUGCAGUGAAGGGUCUCCUGUUCCGCAUCUGUCCCAGACCUCAGAUAUCUUUGGAGUCUCGUACUCUACCUGACCCAAGCAUCGGGAGUAUUCCAAUCGACACCCACCAUCGUCUCACCGAGCUGUUAGACUCUUUCACCAGACAGCAAGCACAAUUUCAUUUCAUUCACUGUAUCAAGAUCAAUGAUCAAGAAUCCAGUAGCCAGUUCUCCUACGCAGUAGUAGCAAGGCAAACAAGAGCAUUUCAGCUGAUGACCACAUUACAGCUUAUGACCGAUGGUUAUCCGUACUGUGACACGAUUCUUAACUUUGCAAGGAGAUACCAGAUGAUGCUUGAGAGAUGGCAGAGGAAGAAAACUCCAAGAGACCAAUGCAAAGUGAUAUUAGAGCAGAUCAUGAGAAGAUGUGAACUCAUUGAAUCAGUGAACACACAGAACAAAUGGAUCAUCAGUGAAAACAGGGUCUUCUUCAGUGAAGAGACAAGACAAGGUCUGGAGUCUGUGCGUGACGGGCACCGGGACACGGCAGUGCGCUUCCUCCAAUCCAAGGUCCGAUGCUGGCUAGCGAGGCGCCAUUGGCCUUCGGACAUCAUUGAUCCGUAUGAAGAAUGCACGGAUGAUCAUGUAACACGGAUCUCAUUCAGGGAGCCCCUUUAUGAAAGGAUCAACUACUCAGUGAGUGACAGCAGCAGUGUGGUAUCAGAUGACACCAGUAGUAGUAGUAUUGAGUGCAAGAAAGCCAGAUUACAGAACAGGGUUUAUCAUACUGCAAAAGAGGAUGUGCCUCCUCCAUUACCUAGUAACCAUCCGUCAUCAGUGAAGAUUGAUGUUACCAAAGGGUUUCCGCAAACACGCAUCAUGAGAUGCAACUAUUCACCAGAUAUAUCAUGUGUGGAGCCAUUGCUGAGAGUGGGUGAGCCCAUUCUAAUUGUAGGGGUGAACGGCACCAAGGACAUUCUGAUAGUCGAGCACAAUAAUUGCACGCUACAGGUCCCUCUCAAACUCACUAUGUCACAGACUGGUGAUCGUAUCCUGGGAACAAGACUAUGAGAUAUUAAACAAGAAAGAUCUCCAACGCACUUGGAGGGAUUAAAGUAUAACGUGGAUAGUUCUAAGAAUGAUCUACAUGUGUGAUUAUACUGUGCAACCAGACACAUCUGCAAAACUUCCUAGUACUGUUUCAGUGGCCCAACCAAAUAUGGAGUAGAGUGUGUGUCAAGCGCUUUGUAACCAAUAGGAAAAGGUGCUAUAUCAUAUGGCCAUUGGAUUGGAUUGGAUUGUAUCGAGAUAUCCAGAAUGCACAAUGAAAUGAAUGCAAAUGGACCUUGCAGUAGAUAAGGUCUGUUGAAAACAAGCUAGGGGCCUGUUGCAGAAAGAGUUGCAAUUAAACGGAAGUCAAAAUAUCAAGCGCAAGUCCCGAAUACGCGCUGUUG